UUAGUAAUUCUGGUUGUGGCUUUUCAUCGCCGCAUGCACACAAUUACAAACUUCUUUCUCACAAACCUGGCCGUAGCUGACUUUUGUGUGGGUUUGUUUUGUGUAUAUCAAAACUUGUAUAACUACCUGGCAGAAAGUUGGUCCCUUGGGAACUUCUUGUGUAAAAUGUACCAUUUCGUCCAAAGCCUGAGCUACACGGCUUCCAUAGGUAUAUUGACAGUCAUUUGUUUAGAAAGGUAUGUAGCCAUUGUCCACCCAAUGUGGAAGAAACGCAUCAUCACAACAAGACGCUUGCGAGUCGUCAUGGCUUUAGUGUGGACAGUCAGUGCUGUAUACUGUUCCCCUCGACUUUUCAUGUUUGGAACCUCGGCUGUACCGCUUAGGGGUACGCAUUUUGUCAUUUGUCACAUGAAGCGAUCCUUGUACAACUCCAAGACGUACGACAUUGUGAAUUUUGUCGUCUGUUUUCUCCUGCCUUUGACGAUCAUCUCAGUCGUCUAUUCCAUUAUCUGUGUCCGUCUCUGGAAGAGCCGGAUACCGAAACAGACAAACGAGAUACGAUUGACAUCACUCGCAGAGUCGGGAAGUGACACUAAUGCGUUCUCAUCCGCAGCCAGUUUGAACGUUCGCCGGUCAUCUUCGAGUGGAAAUUUCUUCGGAAAAUCGGUGACGAACAGAUCCUGCUCCAACCUAACGUCUAGCUUCACAAUAACAGGACUCAGAGAUGUGGACAGAAGCCGUCUUGACGUAGACCACACUGCGGUAGUCUUACAUAAAGACACCCGAAACUUGAGACACAAAACGAGCACUUUGAUUCUGAAGAAAAGUCGGACAUCGCAGCACAACGCUAACACGACCGUCCUAAAAGCUCGACGCAGAGUGAUCCGUUUACUGGUGGCUGUCGUCUUUACAUUUACGCUUUGCAACCUACCUUUUCACGCUAGAAAGUUUUGGCAAUACUGGUCUCCUAACUACCGUGGUGGAAGCUCUUCCUCGGCAGUCUUCACGAUCGUUACGACGUUGAUAUUUUACUUGAAUUCGGGUCUUAACCCAAUUCUGUACGCUUUUCUCUCCAAGAACUUCCGGCAUUCGAUCAUGGAUCUACUGCAGUGCCGCUUGCACAGAAGAAUGACGUUUCGAAGACGGACUCGAAGAUAUCAUUCUGAUAUCAGUGGGAAUCCAAAUACAACCUAUAGGUCCCAAGAAAUAUGAACAGUAACAUGCGUUUAUUAAAUAUCAAAAUAUCGAGGAAGGAAACCAAAACAAAGAAAGUGAUACAUUCUGUAACGAAAAAUAGAGACGUAAGGAAACAGUUUGUCAUUGCUCAAUUUCAUAAGAUGUUUCAUUGUGUAAUUUUAGAAAAUAUUCAAAAAUGUGUGUGCAGUGUUUUAUCAUUAAUACGUGAAAGAUGAAACGUGUUAUCAAACUUGGAUAUUAG